CCAGGGCGAAAUGGCUACCCGGGUCCAAUUGGUAUGGAUGGAAAGCUGGGUCAACCUGGUCCUCAAGGCCAACCAGGUCCAAAAGGCGAGAAGGGAGAUCAAGGUGAUCAGAGCCCUCGGGGUCUGCCAGGCUUCCCCCCAGCUGCUGCUCUUCACAGUAAUCAGAUCCUCACCGUAAAGGGUGACCAAGGACAAGCUGGACCUCCUGGGCCUCCUGGGCCUCCAGGACCAAGGGGCCCUCCUGGAGAUACUGGCAAAGAUGGCCCUCGAGGAAUGCCUGGUUUACCGGGUGAGCCAGGGAAGCCAGGCGAACAAGGCUUGGUGGGGCCUCAGGGGCCUCCAGGACAAAAGGGAUCCUUUGGUGCACCUGGUGUUCCAGGAAUGGAUGGACAAAAGGGUGAACCUGGUGCAAUGGGAGAAAGAGGAGUCCCUGGGCUUAAGGGUGAUCCUGGGCAACGAGGAGAAAAGGGUGAUGUUGGAGAAAUUGGACCCAAAGGUGACUCAGGAGAAAAGGGCGACCCUGGAUCUUCGGCUGCAGGAAUUAAGGGAGAACCGGGAGAAUCAGGUCGACCAGGACAAAAGGGUGAACCUGGACUCCCUGGACUUCCUGGGUUACCUGGGAUUAAGGGUGAACCAGGUUUCAUAGGUCCACAGGGAGAACCCGGAUUACCAGGAUUGCCAGGAACAAAGGGUGAAAGGGGAGAAGCAGGGCCUCCUGGGAAAGGUGAACGAGGUGAGCCUGGAGCUCCAGGGCCAAAGGGAAGGUCAGGCGAAUCUGGAGGUAGAGGCCCAAAGGGGUCGAAGGGUGAUCCUGGAGACAAAGGAGAUUUGGGGGCAAUAGGCCCACGGGGGCCACCUGGACAAAAAGGUGAUCAAGGUGCAACAGAGAUAAUCGAUUACAAUGGGAAUAUCCACGAAGCAUUACAGAGGAUUACCACCCUAACUGUCACGGGUCCUCCAGGCCCACCUGGACCCCAAGGAUUACAAGGGUCAAAGGGUGAACCCGGGUCUCCAGGAUUGCCAGGUGCUGAUGGAGAGCAGGGGCCUGAAGGUUCAAAAGGUGAUAUGGGUGACCCUGGAAUUCCAGGAGAAAAAGGAGGCAUUGGACUUCCAGGAUUGCCAGGAUCCAAUGGAAUGAAAGGAGAAAAAGGAGAUGUUGGUUUGCCAGGUCCUCAAGGUCCUUCUAUCAUAGGACCACCAGGACCGCCAGGACCGCAUGGUCCACCUGGGCCUAUGGGACCUCAUGGACUACCAGGCCCAAAGGGUGAACCAGGGUUAAAUGGUCUUAAAGGAUUGAAGGGUGAACCAGGUCACAAGGGUGACAGAGGGCCCCUUGGUCUUCCAGGAGCAUCUGGCUUAGACGGAAAGCCAGGACCCCGGGGUAUGGAUGGCCCACUUGGUCCACAAGGUCUUGCAGGUCCAAAAGGAGACAGAGGUGAAAAGGGAACCACAGGAGAUCCUGGACCCAGAGGACCAUAUGGCUUGCCUGGCAAAGAUGGUGAACCUGGCCUUGAUGGUUUCCCUGGUCCUCGUGGAGAAAAGGGUGAUGUAGGAGAAAAGGGAGAAAAGGGGGAAAAGGGAAAGAAAGGCAAAAAGGGGCCUAAAGGGGAGAAAGGAGAACAGGGUGCCCCUGGAUUAGAUGCACCUUGCCCAUUGGGUCCAGAUGGGUUACCAAUGCCUGGCUGUUGGCAAAAGGGAGUCACACCAUGGCUUAUUGCAAAAAAAUGAUAAGAGGAGGAGAUUAAGACAAUGGUCUUGAAUUUGGAGGGAACUGCAGUUCCUUCCAUCAGUAGAUGGCUUUCAGUCUUCUGGGUUAUGAAGCUACCUUUGUCAAAAAGGAUGAAACCUGUUCAUCGGCCUCCGUUUGCUUGCACUGCUCACAGUCACAAGACAUUUACAUUGGGUGGAUUUCAACGCAAGGCCCUGUUGAAUAUUUAACCAAGAAGGAAAGAAGAUCUUGCUUUGUGAGUAAGUUGAUAAAGUUGCAGAAAGAUACCAAAUGGAACAUUUGGUGACCUUCUUCAAGGAUUGGUGCAGUAUUUGUUUCAUAUACUGCAUUUUGAGAUUGUGGGAGGGAAAGUAUUCUUCACAAGAGAUGUCGUAAAUGCCUUCCUCAAAAAGAAUGGAACAGAUCUGACUCUAUAUGGCUCAUUGUUUGGAUUUUAGAAGUUCCUGAUGAAAAAUCAAAUCUGGAAAAUAUAUUUAAUUUUAUUUGAUGCAUAUUUCAGUUCUCUUCCAGAUACAUGCUUACUGAGAUUUAAGUUUUUGAAAAACGCAAUUAUGUUCAACUUCUUCAGUGUUGUCUUUUCAGUGUUGUCUUUUUUUGGAUCUAUGAGGUCUUUACUGCUGCAAAGCAAAUACUUGUUUUUUGCUUGUACAAGUUCAUUUAUUCAUAUGCAUUUUUUCUUCUACAGUUGUCUUGUUUGGGGGUUCUGUACCCCAAAGAGUGUGCAAUCGGGAGGGAAAGAAUUAUUAUUGCAUGACAGUAACAUGGACACUGUACAUUUUUGUCUCAAAUAUAUCAUUAAUUUAAUCUGAUUUUUAAGAUGCAAUCCUGCAUUCUUCUCUGGGGAUGUCUCAUUGAACUCAAUGGAACUUAUUCUAAAUAUGCAGAUUGUGUUGCUUAUUGCUAAAAAAAAGUUUUCAUUUCUAUGUUUUGAAUACAUCUGC